GGCCCGCUCCGCUCCGCACCCCGCGGCCGCCGCCCGCCCGCCUCCGGCGCCCCCUGCCUUUUCCUUCCCUUCCUCCCGGCGCCCGCCGCCACGCCAGCGCGGGGCUCGGGGGGAGCGCGCAGGCCGCGGCCCCGCCGGCGGCGAGCGGGCGGGCUGACAGGGGCCUCCCGCCGCAGGUGAGGGGCCCGGCCGCCGCCGCCGCCGCCGCCCUUUGUGUGGGCCUCGGCGGGGCGGGGGUGGCCCCGGCCGGGUAGGGCCUCCCGGCGCGGCGGCGGGGAAGGCCUCAGGGCGCCGCCGCCGCAUUUGCCCCGCAGGCCGGCGGGGCCGGAGGAGCCGUCCCAUGGCGGGAGGCGAGCGGCGGGACGGGCCUGGCCGCGGGCUGCGGCGGCGGCGGCUGGCCUCCGAGCUCCCCGGCCGCCCCCGCGCCCCGCGGCCCCGCCGCGCCGCUCCCUGAGGCGGCCUCGGCCCGGCUGUGGGAGGCCCGCACAGCGCGGAGGCGGGAGGCUGACCGGACCAUGCCGGAGGGGGCCGUGCCGUGGGCCGCUCACCCAGUUUGAAAGUACCUCUGCUUUCCCGUCUUCUCUCCUUAAAUGGUUGUCGCUUCCCACCUCCCACGGAAGGAUGAGUUAGGCUCGGAGCUGGCGCCGACUCGGGUACCCGUGCAGAGCCCACGGUAAGCCAAGAGAGAGCUGCUCCCUGGGCCGCCUCCCUCGCCCUUCCCAAAUGUGAGCACGUCGCAGCCAGCACAGAGAAGGGCCUCCUCUUCAGGGCACUUACUUCUGCCUCCUGUUCUUUUGUCCAAAAAAGAAAAAGCCAAACCAAAUCGGUCCACAAAGAACUUGUGCUGAUCUAAGGAGGAGGCUCUGGAGUUUCAGUCACCUCUUUGCUUCCCAAGAUCCUGGCUGUGGGCUGGAUUUUCUGUCCUCGACUUCAGGGGAUCAGCUACGGGGAAUCAGGAUCUUGGAUAGUUUGGAUUUUUGUUUUUACUUGAACCCUUUGAACUGAGAAAAGGAAGCUGUCCCUGCUAAAAUCCCAUUUUUUUUUCCCAAGCAUGUCAGAAAGCUGGCAGCAGCAACAGCAGCAACCACAGCAGCCGCCGCCACCACCGCAGCAGCACCACGCUGGGGCAGCCGCCCUCCCAGAGCACUCCAUCCCACCCAGCACCGCCGACAACCCCUUGGGCUGCGCUGUCUACGGCAUCCUGCUCCAGCCAGACCCCGGUCUGCAGCACCACCAGCACGCCCCCAUCCAGGCUGGGGAGCCAUCCCACAAAUGUGGGGUGUGUGGCCACGACCUCGCUCACCUCUCCAACCCCCAUGAACACCAGUGCUUGCCAGGCCAUGACCGCUCUUUCCAGUGUACCCAGUGCCUGAAGAUCUUCCAUCAGGCCACCGACCUCCUCGAACACCAGUGCAUCCAGGUGGAGCAGAAGCCCUUUGUGUGUGGCGUCUGCAAGAUGGGCUUCUCCCUCCUGACCUCGUUGGCGCAGCACCACAACGUCCACAACGGCAACACCAUGAAGUGCUCUAUCUGUGAGAAGACCUACAAGCCUCCCGAGGCAGAGCACUCGCAGCCUCUCGACCCCUCGGAGAAGCCCUACAGCUGCUCCAUCUGUCAGAAAACCUUCAAGCACCUCUCGGAGCUGUCCCGGCACGAGCGCAUCCACACGGGUGAGAAGCCGUACAAGUGCACGCUGUGCGAUAAGAGCUUCAGCCAGUCCUCCCACCUGGUGCACCACAAACGGACGCACAGCUCGGAGCGGCCCUACAAGUGCACGGUGUGCGAGAAGACCUUCAAGCACCGCUCCCACCUGGUGCGCCACAUGUACGCGCACUCGGGAGAGCACCUCUUCAAGUGCAACGUCUGCGAGCUGCACUUCAAGGAGUCAUCGGAGCUGCUGCAGCACCCCUGCACGCCCAGCGGGGAGCGGCCCUUCCGCUGUGGCGAGUGCCAGAAGGCCUUCAAACGCCCCUCGGACCUGCGGCAGCACGAGCGCACGCACAGCGAGGAGCGGCCCUUCAAGUGUGACCUCUGCCAGAUGAGCUUCAAGCAGCAGUACGCGCUCAUGCGCCACCGCCGCACGCACAAGGCCGAGGAGCCCUUCAAGUGCAACCUGUGCGAGAAGGGCUUCGUGCAGCCCUCGCACUUGGUGUACCACCAGCACGUGCACGGCAUAGAAAACCUCUUCAAGUGCAACGUGUGCCAGAAGGGCUUCAACCAGUCCUCGGAGCUGCUGCGGCACAAGUGCGUGCAGAACGCGGAGCGGCCCUUCAAGUGCGCGGUGUGCAACAAGUCCUACAAGCGGGCCUCAGCUCUGCAGAAGCACCAGCUGGCCCACUGCGCCGAGAAGCCGCUCAAGUGCACGCUCUGCGAGAGACGUUUCUUUUCCUCCUCUGAGUUCGUGCAGCACCGCUGCGACCCAGCCCGCGAGAAGCCCCUCAAGUGCCCCGACUGUGAAAAGCGGUUCAAGUACGCCUCGGACCUGCAGCGCCACCGGCGCGUGCACACGGGCGAGAAGCCCUACAAGUGCCCCUCCUGCGAGAAGGCCUUCAAGCAGCGCGAGCACCUCAACAAGCACCACGGCGUGCACGCCCGGGAGCAGCAGUACAAGUGCAUGUGGUGCGGGGAACGGUUCCUGGACUUGGGCCUGCUGCAGGAGCACAGCGUCCAGCACACGGCUGAGGGCGCCUACCAGGUGGCUGCCUGCUUGCCCUGAGCCUCCCGCCCCUCAGCGGCUUUCAGCUUGCAUGUGACGCUCCUGAGCCUCAGCCUUGGCCUCCCCUUCCCUCUCCUGGGUUGUAGACGGCCUCCAGGGAGUUGGGGGCAAGGGGAGGUAUGGUGGGGCGGGCAGGGAAACUUUCCUCUGGUUGAUAUGCCACCUGUAUCGCGGGGGCGAUGGACGACGGGAAAAGCUCGAAGUGGUGGAGAGGAAAGGAGAGAGGUGGGGAGAGGAACCGAUGCCUGUAGUUGCCUGGCGUCCCCUGAACUGUAGUUCACGCUGUACCUGCACUUCCAGUGCUGGGAGCUCAGCUGCCCCCUGCGGGCACCAGCCCUUCGCGUGCGGCCUUUUUUCCCCUGCCCUGCCUGGCAGGGUCGGCGGGGAGGGCUGUGGGUAACUCUCCUCCCGGAGAGGGCUUGGGAGCAAGGCAGAGCACCCUUCUCCAGGGGCGCACUGCUUGGCAAGGAAGUAGCAGGUUUCCGCUGCUGGGACCUCUCCCAACUUCCUUGGUCCAAGCUCAGUUGAGAGGACCAUUUCAGAUUGUUAGCGUUGAUUUACUGCCCCAACCUCCCCUGCUCUCCCUCUUUCUAGCAUGUAGAAAGGGAAAAGCCAUGGGGCUGCACCAGCUCCAAAAAGCACUUUGGCAUUGCUGCUUUUGCAGUUGCUGGCUGUGACACUCCACAAAGGUUCUGAGCGAGCCUGCCCGCCCCCGUCCCUGCCAGCAGCACGGGGGAGAGUAGGAAGCACCACACCGCUACCGGAGAGUGUGGCGAGGAGAGCCUCCAUGCCCUGCUCCUGGCUGAGAUCAUGGCAUUUCAGAGCUGCUUCCUGAGGGACCUAGCUCUUCUGCCAAGACUUACCUCCAGGCCCCUUCCCUCUUUGCACCGCUUGGGCCAUUAGCGUACCUCCAGGGGGUCAGGCAAAGGGCCGUCCCAGCAGUUUGAACACUAAAGGGUGAGAUGAACACUACUAAUAACCUAUAACUUUGGAGGUGUUACCCUUGCUGAUGGGAACCCACACUGUGCGCCAGGGGCUUGGUGUCUGAUUUGCUGGAGGGGACCCAGUGCAAGCCAGGAGAAUCCUUCUGGGCCUGCCAGCUCAGCUCCACAGGGAGGGGAAGGUUAGCAGUGGGUAAAGGAGGAGUGUAUUUUUUUUUUUUUUUUUUCCCCUCUUGUAGGAGUCCUGUUUUACCCCUUUACUCUUUCUUUACCUCUUCUGUAUUUUUCAGGUUUUGCACAGUUCUUGUAAACAUCACUUAAAAAUAAAUUUCCCCUAGCAAGGUCAAUGCAGCCUCAGGUGUUUUCCUCUUCAGGAUUUUACUGGCUUCUCAUGACCGAGAGACCCGCUACAUGCCAGUUAGGUGCCCUGGAGGUUGAAGGCGUGAUUACUGGGUUGCCCACCAGCCUUCCCCUCUCCAUCUCUGGAGAUAGUAAGAUGUUAAAUAUCCAUCUGUGGAGAUAUUCAAGCCCUGACUGGAUGUGGUCCUGGACAACCCGCUGUAGCUGGCCCUGCGCAAGCAGGGGGUUGGCCUAGAUGAUCUCCAGAGGUCCCUGCCCGCCUCAGCUCUUCUGUGAUGUUGGCUGGCCCUCAUGUGAGGUAGGAGUGUUGUGAUGAGCUGUAAUUAGUGAACAGCAGCCAGUAAGUUGCCCAUGUGCUGCACAGGUGAUGAGGGCAUGUUUAAUAAAUGUUGCGUGUGGCAAGUGUAGACAAAUUAACCUUGCAGAGAGUUGGGCUGUCCCUGCUUUGCUGGUAGAGGACACUCAUCUGAAGGGUGGAGAAAGACUUUCAUUUCCAUUUCCAGCAUGGUGAGGGGGAAUGGGGGUUUGUUUUUGGGGGCUGGGACACUUCAGUGACAGGUCAGCUACCUGGGGCUGAGUCUUCUUCGCGCGCAGCUUUAAGGAGGUUAAAGCAGACCUUGUUUGCUGCCCAAGGAAGAGGGACUGAUGGUUAUCUUGAUUCAUGCUGCCUCAAAGAUGUAGAACUUCCUACUGAGUUUUCUGUCUGUUUCUUUUUCCUUUUUUUUUGUCUUUUUUUUAAAGCAGUUUGUUCAUUAAAAAAUACUGUAUAGUUUAACUUGAUGUCAUACUGGAUCUUUAAAAAAAAAAUGUGAUAACUUGGAUUUUUAAAGAGGUCUUUGGUUCUAGGUAGCUGAUUUUUGCUGUUUAAUGUGUAGUAAGGUCAGUGUUUGCUUUACUGUAGGAAUAAAAAUGAGGAGUAAAACCAAGGAAGGCUAAUCCUGCUUUUGCAGAAGGGCUUGGUGGUGACAGAGGCUGCGAGCGUGGCACCCACCUGAGCUCUCUGUUCCUGCCUCAGGCCGUGGUUAGCUCUGCUCUCACUCGGAGCAGCCUGGCACGGCUGCUGCAGGUCCCGCAGAGCCGGGGGUUCAGCGCUCACCCUGACUGCUUGAGCAUGGCACCAGCAGCCAGGAUCGGUGCCCGGAGCUGGGAGCUUGCAGGGAGGCUCAUCUUUAGUAAGAGGAGGGUGUGAAAUGGAGGCUGCUGGAGCCUCCGGGGGGUUUUACGGCUGUAUUUCUUUCCGGGACAGCUGCUGGCUAGAGGAGGGGUUUGGAGAAAUUGUUAGUGCAGCCCCUGAAUAGCUGUGACUGCUCCCUUCCCUCUCCAGGGGCCUCAGGUGCUUGGGGCGGAGGAGGAAGGCGGUGGGCCCCGGGCACAGCUCCGCAGCGUGUGCUGGCCAUGGAGCUGCCAGAUCCUGUCCCCUUGGUACCGCCUGGGCACCGGGACUGGUGGGGAGCGUUUCCCUCAUGCUGAGCAUCUGGGAAAGCCCUCGGUGUCCCAGCGAGGAGCUCCGAGCCGGAGCUAGUCUCCACCUAGGACAUGGCAACAGCCAAGCAGCACCCUGGGCAGAGAGAGCGUCGGCAGCAGAGAGUGCCUGGGGGAGUCUCAGCAGGGAAGAGCCCAGGCCCAGGGCGGCAGCAGGUGCCUGUGAGUAGGCACAUCUUGGUGUGGCAUUAGAGCAUCAGUAAGUAGGACUGGCCGUGGGCCUGCGGUGGCUCGGUCUCUUCAACUUGUUUGCUGCCUUGCAACAGCCCAAAUCCAGUAGAAGCCCGUGGUGGCUUUUGGUGCCUGCGAGCGGAGGACCUGUGUGGAGCAGGCAGCUGAGCGGCCGCCGAGAGCCUCGGGUAUGUUUUCAUAGGGAGAUUGUUUAGCUGGAAGCAGCUGUGUUGCAUACAGGCAGGCUGGGGGAGCAAGUUGAUCUCCGUUGCUGUGCCUUUGGGUCACGUUUUGUACCGUGUGGGAAGAGGUGAUGGAAAUAGCGGGAGGCACAUGAGUGUCAGGAGCACGGUGCUGGGGGGCCAAUGUCCCCUGGGCAUCGCACCACAAAGGACUCUCUGCUAACUGCUGGUGUUUCCUUUUCAAACCAAAGAGCAGUUGUGGCCAAAGCCUCUUGAGAGUGAAAGGUGUUUCUACUCUGUACCUGUGUUGCACUUUGCUUCUGAUGUUUAUUUCAAGAGACUUUCAGGCUUCUUGAUGCUGCCUCCGCUGGGCCUCUCACAUCACUCACCACCUCAGCACCCAAGAGGGUCGCCGUGCUGGAGCUGGUGUGGUCAGCCCCGUGGCAAGUGCUCACGUGUGUUUUCGAGGCCUGGUUUCCACACUGCCUGAGGAUGCUCUGUAGGGCUGGAGUAGGGGAUGGUCCCUCCCGAAGGGCUGUUCUCUUUGGCAGGCAGCUUGAGCAUAGGAUGCCUCCGGGGAGGCAGCAGGGAGGGUUAGGCUGGCCGAAGGUGGUGUGGAUGUUGCCCAGGAGGUAAAUCCUGCUGUUCCUAUGGCUUCCUGGGUCCAGGAAGAAGGUAGUCUUGUUACCUGGGCUUUUUUCUGAUCUUCCCCUUACUCUACCUACAGGAUGUCUUUAGCUAUGUCUCAGUCCCUUCCCCUCCACAGCUAUUUUGCUUAUACUUUUAUAAGACCUUUUUGGCUGCUUUGCCCUUUAUUCAAUUCUUUAUUUGUAAGCAGCGGUUCAGUUUUCAUCCCUUUUUCCAUUUUGACUGACAGUUCUCUUGCCUCUCUCUUCCACCCGCCCCGUUCCAAAUUCCUCUCCCAGGCUGAGGCUGGAUCCAGGUGAUACCAAACCACUGAUGAUGCGGUUAGGUGUUUGGGACCUGAAUCUUGCUGGAAUCCAGUGGGUCCUUCCCCGCCACGAGGCUGGCUACCUCGUUGGGCACAGGUGAUGCCUGUGGCCACAGCUUGGCUUGGCUGUGUCGUGUCUGUGGUACAGCUGGCUCUGGCGAGCGAGUCCGAGUCAGAACUAGGAGCCAGAGCAGAGCUGUAGGAAAGGGGCAAGGGGCACUGGGGUGAGAGCGGCCGUUUUUGUGGUGGGUCCCUUUGCCACAUCUCCAAGGCUGGGGGCUACGUCAGUGAAGGGCUGUCAGACGUUCCUGGGGAGAAUUCAUGGUGCAGGGAUGGGGCUGGAGCAUGCGGUUCCCCUGGGAGUGCCUGCAGAGCGGCUGCAUGCCCCGGGCAGGUGGCUGAGCUGAGUCAGCCACAGUGCGGACACCCCUGGGACCGUGGGUGUGCCCAGGUGGCCCUGUCAGCUCUCUGGGGAGCAGAUGCCACCCCUGCGAUCUGGGUGGGUGGGAAGAUGUGCACGCUCUGGUCUUGGUAUGCUGGAGCGAGGGGUGAGAGGGAAGGUGUCCUCUGACAGUGGUUUGGGACCAUCUCCGGGUGCUUAAGCCUGGCCUUGCACUGUUAGGAGGGAGGAGAGCACUUUCUACACUUCUCUUGGGUAUUUACCAUCAAGUCCAGGCUGCAGCCAGAGCCUGAAUAUUAAUAAUAAGCAAAAAAAACCCCCUUGUCCUUCAGAGUUUGACUUUUCCUCUGCUGGGUGGCGAGUUCACCUGCGGGAAGGUUCCUGCACACCCAGGCGUUCACGCUGAGUUGCAAUAAUGGCAGGCCGGCGAGGUUUGGGGCAGUGGCUCUCCGCUGGGCCCCGCGAGCACGGCUUCUCCCCAGCUGCCAGGAUUCCUCUGCAGCGUCUCCCAGCAGCCGCCUCUGCCGCCUUCUGGACGUGAAGAUGCUGCUCUCGCAGUGUGCCCGAGAUGCUCGGCGGGGAUUGCGGGACUGCAGGUGGGAACUGGACCGUGGGCUUGUCUCCGAACGCCUCCGAGCCACGGGUCCAAGGGAUUUCAUGGCCGGUGAGGUUCUUGGGCUCCUUCUAACCUGCGCUCGUGCCUCCAGCAGAGCUCCCAGGGCCGUGGGAAGUUGCGGCCAAGGAUGAUGAGGUUUGUGUGGCUUGCAGUGCCUUUAACACUGCUCUCCGUGUGUUUCUAAGAUGAUACUCCAUGUAUGUGUGUAUAUAUAUUGUAUUAACACAUCCCGCUCUUCUGUGUGAGUGUCAAAUGGUUUUGCUUUACUAAUAAAUUUAUAGUUAUUUAUACCU